AAAAUGUGGACUGUGGGGUUGUCCAUGCCAUAGGCAAAAGUCUUAUCUUUGUCACCUUUACAAUAUAAUGACCUUUUCCCUUAUUGAGAGAGAAUGCUAAUUUCAAUAAUACAUUAAUUGUUCUAUCCCCAUCCAUUUACACUGUUCUCAACCACACUGAGAGGUCCAAAACUGCCCAAAAGAUGGGAGUUCUCAAUCAACAAAGCUGAAUUUGUUCCAAAAUCAUUUUCUACACUUCCUCUCUGAGUAGGUAAGCUAGUGAAUGAACCCAAAAACAGAGGCAGGCUUUUGGCUUUGUAUACUCAUGGACACAAACUUGCCAAGUGAAUGAACACAGAACAGCAAAACUAUGUCAUUCUUUGGUUGGGCUAAGAAGGAGCUUGUGAAAAUGGGAAUCUUCAAGUCGAAGAAGCUACUGCUGGGUCGAAGUAGCUUAGCAUUCGUCGAAUCCUUAAGCGUGCCUCUUCAGAUACAAGAAGUUGUUCUCUCAGCAGAUUUAGGAUGUGCUAAUUGCCAAAAGAGGGUAGCUCAUGCGAUCUCCAGGAUGGACAUGGCCACUGACUCCAUGGUGGUGGAUAUAUUAGAAAAGAAAGUGACACUCACAUGUGUAUCUGCCAUUAAAGGAUCUAAAAAGCAAGUUGCAAGUAUGUACAGAAAUUCACACCGCAACUUUGUUUAGCACAUCUAUUAAUUAAUACUUUUUCCAGCAAGGGCUGUGUAGUUCUUGUCCACCUCAGACCUUGCAUAUGCAAGAGUUUCGUGCAUCAGAUACACCUUAUAUUAUUGAUAAAAAUUAGAUGAAGUGUCCCUAAUGCCAACUUUGUACAUUUGUUUCUAACUUGCAGCAAAAUUAUUCUUGAAAUGCAUGUGUAACUAUUGUAUGGUUGCUUAAUGUC